CAUUGAAUUUAGAAUAACUCCAAACAAAAAUGGCUCUAGCGUUGCAGAGGUUACGUAUGCCUUCAUCAACUGUUUCUUUGUUAACAACCUGCAACACGCAUAGUUUAUUCCGCUAUUUUGGAUUGACUUCCAACAAACCGGUUAAAAAAAUUGAAGUUACAAAACAGGGCAAAGAAAUAGUGAUUGAAGGAAAGCCAAUAAAAGAGGAAAAAAAGUAUACUGUACGGAAAAAUAAUUCACCUACUGGAUGCCCGCUUUGUGAAUUUCAGGACAAGCUAACUUACAGGGAUGUACUGAUACUGCAACAGUUUCUGUCUCCUGAUGGACAUAUCUUGCCCAGACAUAUCACAAGGGUUUGUUUUACAAUGCAGUGGAAAUUAGAAAAUAUUUUAUAUCAGUCAUAUUCUGCAGGUCUCCUGCCCAAGUACAAGCCUAUUUUACCUGUGAAUGAAGAUCCAGCAACCUAUGACAAAAACUAUAAAUGGAGGAAAAACAAUGUUUAUUUUGAUGAUUUUAGUAUUGAAAAUCCUUUGUAGU